CGUCUCUGAGGCCACAAGUCAAUUCAACUCGAGAUGAACGUUCGACUUGCCGCCUUCGUCGCUGCACUAGCCGGUCUGUCCAAUGGCGCCAACGCCGGCAGCUGUCCCUUCGGAUACGACUCGGUCGCCGCCGUGCACCAGGUAGACCGCCAGAUCUCAAGCGAGUUAUAUGAUGCGCAAAGCUGCGAUGUCAUCGACUACGAACUCGUGAAGGAGGAUCUUCUGCAUCUGAUGACGGACUCGCAAGACUUCUGGCCGGCUGACUUUGGUCACUACGGUGGCCUCUUCAUCCGCCUGGCAUGGCACUGCAAUGGCUCGUAUCGCCGCGCCGAUGGUCGCGGUGGCUGCGACGGUGGUCGUAUUCGCUUCAACCCGGAGCGCAGUUGGGCUGACAACACCAACUUGGAUAAGGCGCUCGAUCUGCUAGAGCCCAUCAAACUCAAGUACGGCGAUGCGCUGUCAUGGGGUGACCUCAUCGUACUGUCGGGUAACGUCGCUAUCGAGAGCAUGGGUGGCCCCGUGUUGGGCUUCUGUGGCGGUCGCCGCGACGACGCUGACGGCACUAGCAGCCUGCAGCUGGGCCCGACGCCCGAGCAGGAGAGUGUGGCUCCAUGCGCUGUGGACGGCCAGUGCAAGGAACCUCUUGGUCCUACUACCAUGGGCCUCAUCUACGUGAACCCGGAGGGUCCCAUGGGCAACCCCGACCCGGUCGGAUCGGUGGCCGAUGUGCGUGAUACAUUUGAGCGCAUGGGCAUGAAUGACCGCGAGACAGUGGCGUUGAUCGGCGGUGGACACGCCUUCGGCAAGACGCAUGGAGCCUGUCCGACGGGCCCUGGUCCUGAUCCGACGCAAGACCCUCUGAACCCCUGGCCGGGAACCUGCGGCGAGGGCGCGCUCAAGGGCAAGGGCAACAACACUUUCACGAGCGGCUUCGAGGGCGCAUGGACGUUCACGCCUACCAAGUGGAGCAACGGCUACUUCAAGGGCCUCACAGGCUUCGAGUGGGAGAAGUUCGACGGCCCUGGUGGACAUGUGCAGUGGCGUCCCGUGCCCGAUACGACGCCACCCGUGCGAAUGCUGACUGCCGACAUUGCCCUGCUGCACGACCCGAGCUACCAUAACAUCUCGCUCGAGUUUGCUGCCGACCAGACCGCCCUGGAUGAGGAAUUCUCGCACGCCUGGUACAAACUGAUGUCGCGCGACGUGGGUCCGGUGGCUCGCUGCCGCGGUAGCGACGUGCCGCCCGCUCAGCCUUUCCAGAACCCGCUGCCGCCGACACCCACGACGCUCCCGGACUUCGACGCGGUGCGUUCGGACAUCCGUUCGCUGCUGACCACGUCGGUGGAGGGUCUGACGAGUGACUCGAGCAGCGAGGGCACGCCGUACAACGGCGCUCUGUUCGUGCACGCUGCGUGGCAGUGCGCGUCGACUUUCCGUAUCACGGACUACGCCGGCGGCUGCAACGGUGCCCGUAUCCGCUUCUCGCCGGAGAAGGACUGGCCGGUGAACGCUGGCGUUGACAAGAUCAUUGCUGCGCUUGAGCCUGUGAAGGAAUCGUACCCGACGUUGUCAACCGCCGACCUGAUCGUGCUGGCGGGGCAGGUGGCCCUGGAAGACGCGGGUAACGUGACCAUCGACUUCUUGGGUGGCCGCACCGACGCUGAGAACGGCAACGGCACGGAGAUUCUGGCUCCGCGUGAGUACUACAACACAACGCUGAUCGCCGUGCGUGACAACAUCAAGAUCCUCGGUGUGUCUCCGUACGAGGCGGUUGCUUUGGCCGGCCGUCCGCGCAGUGUGGCACAGCAGAGGACUCUGGGCUACAGCGGCACGUACAGCAACAACUCGCUUACAUUGUCGAACGAGUACUUCCAGGUGCUCCUGAAUGAGACGUGGACGGUGGUGUCCGAGAAGGAGUUCAAGGCGGAGGGCAAGGACGUGUACAUGAUGGACACGGACCUGGCGCUGCUGGCGGCUCCCGAGCUGAAGGAGGCGGUGCAGCUGUUCGCAUCGGAGGAUAACGUCUUCAAGCACGUAUUUUCUUCUGCCUGGGCCAAGGUAAUGACGGCCGACCACUUCAACGCGAGCAGCUACUAAGCAUUGCGGAGGUAUUUCGUAGUCGAGUAGAUGAGGAGUUCAAAGUGCCAACUUGACACUACACACCGUACUGGAAACUCGGUACAUUAAUAAAACCAAUGUUGUAUGAUCAACUAUGGUGAUCGUUCCAUUAUGGAACUUCCAUUUACAGGUGUUUUCUUUUCAAUAAAACGCCAUAUUUCGCU